GCCCCGCCCCCUCGGCGUCGUCCCUCUCCCAGAGGCGGCAACCGCUCUUCCCGCUUGGCGGGGCCGGCUGCGCCUCGGUUUUCUGUUGACCAUGGGGGACCCCAGCAAGCAGGACAUCCUGACCAUCUUCAAGCGCCUCCGCUCGGUGCCCACCAACAAGGUAUGUUUUGAUUGCGGUGCCAAAAAUCCCAGCUGGGCAAGCAUAACCUACGGGGUGUUUCUUUGCAUCGAUUGCUCAGGGUCACACCGGUCUCUGGGUGUUCACUUGAGUUUUAUUCGAUCUACAGAGUUGGAUUCUAACUGGUCUUGGUUUCAGUUGCGAUGCAUGCAAGUUGGAGGAAAUACUAAUGCAUCUUCCUUUUUCCACCAACACGGGUGCACCACCAGUGACACCAGCGCCAAGUACAGGAGCCGUGCUGCCCAGCUCUACAGGGAGAGAAUCAAGUCGCUCGCCUCCCAAGCCACACGGAAGCAUGGCACUGAUCUGUGGCUUGAUAGUUGUGUGUUACCGCCCUUGGCCCCCGUACCAAAGGAGGAAGACUUUUUUGCCUCUCAUGCCUGUCCUGAGGUGAGUGGCACAGGGUGGGCAUUGCCACAACCAGACCCAUCUUCUUUAACAGCAGCGAACAUGGAAGCCUCUCUAUCAAAUGCUGAAGAUGGACCAGAACCAGGACCAAGUGUGGAAGGUCUUAACGUACCAACAAAGGCUGCUUUAGAGAUUUCAUCUAUCAUAAAAAAGAAACCAAGUCAAGCUAAAAGAGGACUUGGGGCCAAAAAAGGAAGUUUGGGAGCCCAGAAACUGGCAAAUACAUGCUUUAAUGAAAUUGAAAAGCAAGCCCAGGCUGUCGAUAAACUGAAGGAAAAGGAAGACCUGGCCCGCACAGCCCCUCAGGAAGAAUCAAUUGUUUCAUCAUUACGAUUAGCUUAUAAGGAUCUUGAAAUUCAGAUGAAGAAAGAUGAAAAGAUGAACAUGAGUGGCCAAAAAAAGAUAGAAUCAGAGAGACUUGGCAUGGGAUUUGGAAACCAGAGAAGUGGUAUUUCACAUUCAGUGACUUCAGACAUGCAGACCAUUGAACAGGAAACGCCAAUCACAGCCAAACCAAGAAAAAAGUAUAGUGAUGACAGUGAUGAUUCAUACUUUACCUCCAGCUCAAGGUAUUUUGAUGAGCCAAUGGAGUUAAGGAGCAGCUCUUUUUCUAGCUGGGAUGACAGUGCAGAUUCCUUUUGGAAAAAAGAAACCAUCAAAGAUACUGACACAAUUCUGAAAACCACAGGCUAUUCAGACAGACCUACUGCUCGCCGCAAGCCAGACUACGAGCCAGCCGAAAACACAGAUGAGGCCCAGAAGAAGUUUGGCAAUGUCAAAGCCAUCUCAUCAGAUAUGUACUUUGGAAGACAAGCCCAAGCUGAUUAUGAAACCAGGGCCCGGCUGGAGAGGCUCUCCGCAAGUUCCUCCAUAAGUUCAGCCGAUCUGUUUGAUGAGCAGAGGAAGCAAACAGCAGGAAGCUACAACCUCACAAGUGUGCUGCCCACGGCUCCCGACAUGGCCCAGUUCAAGCAGGGAGUGAGAUCCGUGGCCGGCAAGCUCUCCGUCUUUGCCAAUGGAGUCGUGACUUCGAUUCAGGACCGCUACGGGUCGUGAUACUGACAUGGCACUCUGUCUCCUGGAGAUGUGACCACAGACAGCAGCGGAGACCAGCCAGCCUUGUGGAUUGUCUUGCUACUUUUUCACAUAGUAUAUAUGCAUUCCUGAUUUCUAAUAAUUCUUUUGAGAAAUUCUUGUUUUUGACGUAGUGGAAGCUGUACUCUAAUUUCUGUUUUGUGUCACUUCCUGUGCACGCUGUCCUUUCUACACACCCAUGCGAAUCCCUGCUUUAUUUUCCUGAAAUCUUCAGUUCCAGCAGCCGGGGGUCCCCUAAAUGGGGACACGGGCUCCACCCCCACCUCCAGGCAGAGUGCCCUUUGUGCGGGUCUCCGUGCUGUGUGUCUCUUGGCUGAGGGCUACCAAAGUCAGCUGAUGCUGGGUGGGCCUGGAGAAACAAAAUUCCCAAUGCACAUUUCAUUAAAAAGAGAGCAAAGAAUAAAGACAAAAGACUAAAAACAUGACUGGUGUCUAAUUUGACAAGUUGCUUCAUUUCUGUUUUUCACAUAUUAAGGUGAUUUCAAAAUAAUGUUUAAAGCUGUCUGUCCCUUUGUAAGUUACUUUGUAUGAUCUAUAAAUUUAAAAAAAUUUUUUUUUUAAUGAGUGCUUUUAACAAAUCUACGCUUCUUCAUUGCCAAGGGAAUUAAUCUUUUGACAAGGUGUUGCUGUUUGAAUUUAUGGGAAAUGUAAGAAGAGUUUAUAAAUCAAUAUAGUGUACAGAAUUAAAAGUGAAUAAGGUAAGAUACACUCACAGAAAAUAUUUCAGUGCAUGGGGAAAUAGUAGUGGUAAUUGAGUAAUAGUGUUGGCAUUUUUUAUCUUGGUUUUCACAAAAAUUACAGAAUGUGUGUAAAUGAAUAAAAAAUAAUUUGGCUGUGUUUUAGACAGCAGUAGGAUAUAUUAUUUAGCACAGUUAAAUACAUUUGGAAUUUGAUGAACCAGAAACAUGGUUUCAGCUGAAUAUUUUGUGAAUUUUUCUUAAAAGCUUGAAUUUGUAGAGUCUAAGUAUAAUAAACAGUUGCACCAGA